AUGCCUUUAAGUGAUGUGGAUAGUUUUCGUCGUCGUUGCUCACUCGGAUUGCCAAUAGAUAAAGUUGACUUUAUUCUUUAUAUGUAUAAUGAAUCGUCAUUCGAAGAGCGACACUAUCAAUUCGUUGGUGAACUUUUAAAUUUCUUAGAAACUCAAAGUGAAAAUGACAAUCAAUCGAAAGAGAAAUAUUGUUGGAUUGAAGUUAUUAAUGGUAGUUCAAUUGAUCUUCCAAAUAAUAUAAAAAUUCUUUGCGAAUAUUUUAAUAUACAUUCGUUAACUGUGGAACAUAUAACAACAUUAGCACCAUAUAUGACGUUAAAUUUAUUUCAUGAUACUGGCGCUUUACAUCUUGUAAUGAAAAUGUUAACAUGGAAUGGCGAACGUGUACAACAACAGCAAAUAUCAUUCUAUUUAAAGUGUUCACAAAAUUUAUUAAUUACUUUUCAAGACCAACCUAGAGACGAUAUUGAACCGUUUUUUCAAAUAAUUCGUAAUCGUCUUCGACAACAACGAAGUAACGAUGGAAAUCAUCCGCAUCAUAAACAUAAUCGUUUAAGAGAACUGAACGUUGAUUAUCUACUGUAUUGUCUACUUGAUGAUAUUAUUGACAGAUACAUGUUUGUCAUGGAAGUCGUAGCUAAUCGUAUUAAUGAGUUCGAUGAACUGCUGAUGUCGGACACGCAAUCAAGAUCAUUAACAACACUUCAUUCAAUAUUUAACGUUAAACAUGAUUUACUUCAUUCACGUAUGUUACUAAAUCCAUUAAAAGAAAUAAUAUAUCAUUUACAACGAACAAGAUGUGAUGAUUAUGAUCCAAUAUUUCCUCUCGUCGAACCAACAAUCCGACCUGGUAAGAAACAUCAUAUAGUUCGCCGGCCAGUACCAACAGUAUGUCAACUUGCAAGCAAUACUUCUAUUACAAGAAAAUCAGUUUAUUUAAAUGAUUUAAAAAAUCAUGUUAACUACUUAAUUGACUCGUUAGAAAUUCAACAAGAAAGUGUUUUAAUUCUUAUUUCCUUUUGGAUGGCGCUAACAAAUAAUGAAACACAAGCAACACUUAAAACGCUUAUGUUGAUUAUUGUUCUUUUUAUGCCAUGUCUAUUAUUAAUCGGCUGUAAUUCAACCAAUUUCAGUGUCCAACCACAAUUGCACUAUCAGUAUAGUUAUUUUAUAGUACUCUCUCUUCUAGCUACAAUUCUUAGUGGUAUGAUUGCAUGGUACACAACAAAAGGAUGGAUACAAUUUCGCAAACUGUGA